CCAUUUAAACUUGGCUAGCGCCUGAUAUGCAGUUCAUUGCGUGACAGCUGCGCUAACAUCUGUACGAGCCGCUGCGGAAUGAGAAGAAAAUGCAUGUGUUAACUGCUGUAUUCGCUGUUAUAUUUGUCCUGAAGGAGACUGAAGCUUGGGGUUACAAGAAUGGAAUACUGCACAACUCUAUCUGGCUGGAGCAAGCAGCUGGAGUUUACCACCGCGAAUCUCGCAAGGGAAGAUAUCAGCUGACGUAUAAGGAAGCCAAGGCUGUGUGCAAAUUUGAGGGGGGGGCUCUUGCUACGUAUGAUCAACUGGAGGCUGCUCGACAAAUUGGGUUUCACGUGUGUGCAGCUGGAUGGUUUGACAAAGGACGUGUGGGCUAUCCGAUUGUUAAAGCUGGCACCAAUUGUGGGUUUGGGAAGGUCGGAAUCAUUGAUUACGGAUACAGGCUCAACAAAAGUGAGAGGUGGGAUGUCUACUGCUACAACCCUGAGGCAAAGGAGUGUGGAGGAGUGCACACAGAUCAGGAGAAGGUUUUGGAUUCUCCUGGUUAUCCAGAAGAAUACCAGGAUGAGCAGAUUUGCUACUGGCACAUUCGUGUGCGCUACGGCCAGAGAAUCCGCCUGCGAUUUCUAGACUUUGACAUUGAGGAGGACACAGCUUGCCUCAGUGAUUACCUGGAGAUCUUUGACAGCUAUGAUGAUGUUUCUGGCUUUGUUGGCAGAUACUGUGGGGAUGAACUGCCAGAGGACUUCCUAAGUACAGGAAACGUCAUGACACUGAAGUUCCUCUCUGAUUCUUCUGUGACGGCUGGAGGGUUUCAGCUACAGUACAUCGCUGUGAACUCCUCUCAGUUCUCUGACAAUCACACUGACACCUUGUCUUGACCACUGUUUAAUACACCAAUCCCACUUCUUUUACAAGUGUAAUUUUUUAUAUAUACAGUGCUGCUUUAAAGUUUGUGAACCACUUGCAGAAUCUGUGAAUAAUUUUAACGAAAUAAGAGGGAUCAUACAAAAUGCAUGUCAUUUUUUAUUUAGUACUGUCCUGAGUAAGAUAUUUUACAUAAAUGAUGUUUACAUAAAGUCCACAAGACAAAAAAAUAGCUGAAUUUAUAAAUAUGACCCAAUUCAAAAGUUUAUGAACCCUUGAUUGUUAAUACUGUGUGUGGUUACCUGGAUGAUUCACAACUGUUUUUUUUUUGUUUUGUGAUGGUUGUUCAUGAGUCCCUUGUUUGUCCUGAGCAGUUAAACUGCCCAAUAUUCUUCAAAAAAAUCCUCCAGGUCCCAAAAAUUCUUCAGUUUUCCAGCAUCUUUUGCGUAUUGAACCAUUUCCAGCAGUUACUGUAUGAUUUUGAGAUCCAUGUUUUCACACUGAGGACAACUGAGGGACUCAAACAUUAAAAAAGGACCUAUUAAAAAAGGUUCAAACAUUCACUGAUGCUCCAGAAGGAAACAUGAUGCAUUAAGAGUCGGAGGGGUGAAAACUUUUUUCAUUUGAAGAUCAAGGAAUAUUGUACUUAAUUUGUCUUCUGGCAAACAUUUAAGUGUCUUCUGUUGCUUCUGAAGGGCAGUACUAAAUGAAAAAAAAAAAGAUAUUUAAACAAAAUAAGAAAAAUUUGGACAUCUUUAUCCUGUUCAGAAGUUUUCACCCCCCCGACUCUUAAUGCAUCGUGUUUCCUUCUGGAGCAUCAGUGAAUGUUUGAACCUUUUUAAAUAGUUGUGUUUGAGUCCCUCAGUUGUCCUCAGUGUGAAAAGAUGGAUCUCAAAAUGAUACAGACACAGUCACUGCUGGAAAGGGUUCAAAUACGCAAAAGAUGCUGGAAAACUGAAGAAUUUUCGGGACCUGGAGGAUUUUUCUGAAGAAUAUUGGGCAGUUUAACUGCUCAGGAACUGCUCAGGACUCAUGAACAACCAUCACAAAACAAAAAAACAGUUAUGGAUCAUCCAGGUAACCACACACAGUCUUAAGAAUCAAGGGUUCACAAACUUUUGAGUGGGUCGUUUUUAUAAAUUCAGCUAUGUUUUGUCUUGUGGACUUUAUGUAAACAUUGUUUAUGUAAAAUAUCUUACUCAGGACAGUACUAAAUAAAAAAUAACAUGCAUAUUGUAUGAUCCCUCUUAUUUUGUUAAAAUUAUUCACAUUUUCACAGAUUCUGCAAGGGGUUCACAAACUUUCAAGCAGCACUGUAUGUUUUUGCUUCUUUAACUACAUGUGCAAUAUUAAAGCUAAUAAUAAUCACAAAUGUGUAUGGAGUUUUUGUACAUUUCAAAAACUCUUAUAAAACAGUUUUUACACUCUCACUAGUUUAAUUUUCCUAGUAACAUUGUCCAAAAGUGUAUUUAAUGUUUUACAGUGUUUUAAUGUGACCAUCAUUUAACAAAAAUAAAUAAGUUGAAAUCUCUUGAUUUUAAUAGAAAUAAACCUAUUGGACAUAUAAAGUGCAUAUAAACACUUAUUUACUUAGAAUUAAUAUUUCUGAAAUUAGGCCUAUGACAAAGAUGAUUGCUUUGAAAACAUUUUAUUAAUGGGACAGUUUACCCAAAAAAUGAAAAUCUUGUCAUCAUUUACUCACCUUUAUGUUGUUCCAAACCUGUAUGAAUUUCUUUUUUUCUGUGUAACAUAAAAGAAGAUAUUUUCACAAA